GCGGCUGAUGCACGCCGGGAAGCUGGAGGACCCGGCGGCGCGGGGCGACGACCACGACGACGGAAGACGACGGCAACAACACAAGCAACAAUGGCGACGAGGUACAACAGCACCUUGUGUCUGUUUGAUGUGGAUGGGACCCUCACCGAGGCCCGACAGAAAGUCACCUCUGAGAUGAACGGAUUCUUAAAACAUUUAAAGGGGAGAUUGAAAAUUGGAGUUGUGAGCGGUUCUGAUUUCGAUAAAGUUAAAGAGCAGUUGGGAGACGAUGUCCUCUCAAGAUAUGAUUAUGUAUUUGCUGAAAAUGGCUUAGUUGCAUAUAAGGAAGGAGUGUUUUGGGCUAAGCAGAGCAUUCAGAGACAUAUUGGUGAAGAUAUACUGCAGGACCUGAUCAAUUAUUCUCUAAGUUAUAUGGCCAAGAUUAAACUGCCUAGAAAAAGGGGAACCUUUAUUGAAUUCCGUAGUGGGAUGCUGAACAUCAGUCCUGUUGGCAGAAGUUGCAGCCAAGAAGAACGCAUUGAGUUCCACAAAUUAGACAAAAAAGAAAAGAUCAGAGAAAAAUUUGUGGCUGCGUUACAGAAGGAAUUUGAAGGAAAGGGUCUCACGUUUUCUAUAGGUGGACAGAUCAGCUUUGACGUGUUUCCAGAUGGAUGGGAUAAACGUUACUGUCUAGGACUUCUUGAGAGUGCACAAUUCAAGUCUAUCCAUUUCUUCGGAGACAAGACCUUUGAGGGUGGAAAUGACUACGAAAUCUACAGUGACCCAAGGAUUAUAGGUCAUUCAGUGAGAUCUGCAGAGGAGACCAAGAGAAUCUGUGAGGAAAUGUUUUUCAACACUCCAGAGACCCACCAAAAAGUAAUAAAUUGGCAAUGAAAUGGCUACAAGACACAGCAGUUUCCUGUAGACAAAACCAAAGGUGAACAGUGAAAGAAAUGUACUUGAAUGAAUGAAUUCAAAUAUCUCUGCAAUCUCAUGACUGCCGUUCUGAAAACCAUGUCACAAGCAACUUUCUGGGAGGUGCUGAGAACUCACUUAUUUUGCCAGUUUCACCUAAUUCAUUAACAAAUGUUUUUGAUGUAAAGAUUACUCUCCUUCCUGUUUAAUAAUAAUAAUAAUAAUCCUUGCAUUUGAUAUAGCGCUUUUCACGUCGGGAGGACGUCCCAAAGCGCUUCACAGAACACACUGUAAAGUGAAUUGACUGUAUAUUUGUGGGCGAACGCGGCAGCCAAUUGCGCACAGCAAUGUCCCACAAACAGUCGUAAAUUGAAAAUGACCAAUUUAUUGUUUUGUUUUGGAGGGAUUAUUAUUAGGCUCUGUGUGGAGUAAGGAAAUGUGGUGGAUAAGCAGAAAGAAGUGUAAACCACUCAGCUUCUGUCUCGCUAGGUUUUGUAACGAAUGAUAUGGGUGUCUUACAUACACACUAGUUUGUUUGGGCUAAGAUUGAAUCUAAAAUCAAUGGUGUUCUCCAAAACCGUAAUUUAAUAGUGUAGCAAACAUUACUCAUCUAUGAUCACCAGGGAUCAAAUCUUAUUUGCACAUGAAAUAUAUAUUUAAAAAUCUGA